AAAAAUCGUAGCGAAGUUGAAAAUGUUGAAGGGUCAGCAUAUUGAACAAAUGAAAACCGAUGAAAAAACGGUUUCUAAAAUUACGCAACGCCUGGACCAUUUGAUCGCACUCAGCAUGAAGGGGAAUAACUACGCGGCCUCAACAUCCUACGAGGUGGAUGACGCAGCUCCUGCUUCGCAGCACAAAAAUAUCCAUACCGACCAAAAGGGCACCAAAAAAUCCGCCAGCAGUUGUACCCCUGCGACCCUCGCGGCGCUGCGUCU